AUGGCCAAGAAUCUACCCACUCAUGCAGAGCCAAAUCAAACGGCCUACAUCCGAAGCCGAUCGUUACACUCCUGGAGGUCUCUCCAAGGCACUAUCAUCCUCGGGACGACUAGACCCUCUAAUGUGCUGCACCCGCCAUCCACUAAAGCGAAAAAUCUCCUCGCUUCUAACGAAGCGUCUUGCCCCAAGUCGAAUUUCGUCUUUACGAAAUGCAAGGGGAUAACUCCGCCAAGCCAGAUCGACAAUCAGCCUCUUCUCGAGAUUGCAGUCAUCUUGCGCUUCUUCCAAGUGCACCACCUUUCCGUGCUCAGUUGA